AUGUUCUCUUUUAAGGGCUACUAUAAGGACACUGUUGAAUUCUUCUUUGACACUCGAGACGCAUGCAAAAACUUCUGGAAGAAGUGCAUCGAGCAUCAUGCCUUCUUUCGGUCACAGGCGUUGACCGGAGCCCCAGGGGCCGGUGGUGCAGGCAAGUUAUCCCGGGGCCAGAAGACGCAUCCUUAUACGCCGCUAGCCUCGAGUCUUGGCCCCGGCCUUGGCUUGUCCGAGGACCUUGUGGCUAGAGGUUAUGCUGGAGGGGAGCAGCGUGAGACCGUUGCAAGUGCAGGCGUAAGUUGGCUUGGAAAAUGUUAA